UUGUGUGACCCCGUGCUGCGUGCCGCAGACCCCGCCCCUCCCUUGCCUACCUGCUGCUGCGCGGCGCAGCUGUCGAGAGUGCGCACUCACUGCGUAAUGGCCACUGGAGCGUCCGCCGCCAGCUCUCGUCUUUUAAUGGAUUAUGAGACGAAAGUUUUCCCUCACGCCGGCGGCUACGGGCGCUACAACCGAAUCGUGGUGGUGUUUAGUUGGUUCCCCACCUUCGCCGUCAUGUUGAAUCUCUUCAGCGACAUGUUUUUCACUCUGAUACCGGACUCGUACCACUGCAAACCGGACCCGACUCUGCUGCCUUCCACUUUCCUCCUCAGUAACUUUUCCAAACAGGACUACCUCAACCUCACCAUCCCUUGGGUUAACGGCUCUGGUCUAAGCCACUGUGAACUUUUUAAGUACCCCUCCAACACCUCGGACUUGUCCGGCAAAGUGCCAAGGGAGAGGGUGUCCUGCACCCAAGGGUGGGAGUACUCCAACGUGGCGGGGCUCCAAAGCAACUUUGUCACUGAGUGGAACCUGGUUUGCAGUGACUACUGGAAGAUUCCCGUGCAGCAUAUCUGCUUCAUGACAGGGUGGAUUGUGGGAUAUGUCUUUCUUGGUACAUUAUGUGACUGGUUUGGUCGUCGACGAGCCUUCCUCCUGUCCAUCAGUCUGUCCAGCCUGUUCGGGGUGGCCGUGUGCCUGUCCAACAGUGCGGUGGUCUUUCUGCUGCUGCGUCUCUGUCAAGGCGCCAUGCUUGCUGGGGUGUCCGUGUCCUCAUACAUUUCUAGGCUGGAGCUGUGUGACCCUCCUCAUCGUCUCAUGGCUGCCAUGGUCGGUGGCUUCUUCGGAGUGUCCGCAGAGCUGCUGUUGCCAGGCAUCGCUGUUCUGUGCCGUGAUUGGCCCGUUCUCCAGGCUGUGGCCACUUUGCCUCUGCUGCUGCUUCUUUCCUAUUGGUGCUUUGUAUUGGUGUUUCCCGAGUCUCCACGCUGGCUGCUGUCCACAGAUCAGAUCCCUCAGGCCAAGAGGAGCCUCCUGGAAUUUGCUACCAGAAACGGUGUUUGUCUGCAAGAUGAGCUCUACCCUGGUGAAACCCUGAUGUCAGUGAUAGAUUCAGCACAUGGAGAUACCUGUCAGCCCAGAUAUUACUCAGUCCUGGAGCUGCGUCGGACUCGUGUCAUCUGGAAGAAUUGUCUCAUUCUCAGCUUCAUUCUGUUUAUUGGAACAGGCAUUCAGUACUGCUUCACUAGAAAUCUGCACAUUUACUCCAAAAACUUCUACUUCAGCUACUUUCUACGAGUGAUAACAGGAGCUCUGGCCUGCGUCUUCAUCUGUCUAACUGUCAACCACUUCGGUCGACGCGGGAUGCUGCUGCUCUCUGCCAUCAUCACUGGGCUGUCAUCGCUGCUGCUGCUGGCCCUCACACAGUACCUCCAAGGUGGCCUAGUGCUGGUGCUGUCUGUCGUGGGUUUACUCUUCUCUCAGGCUCUCGCGAUGCUCAGCGCCUUCUUUGCCUGUGAGGUGAUGCCAACUGUAGUUCGAGGUGGCUGCUUUGGCCUGGUGAGGGCAGCCGGGUGCAUUGGCAUGGCCGCCUCCUCGCUGAUGGAGCUGCAGAAUAACGGCGGCUACUUCCUGCACCACGUCAUCUUCGCCUCCUUCGCCGUUCUCUCCGUUCUCUGCAUAAUGCUCCUACCCGAGAGCAAGCGCAAAUCACUCCCAGACUCCCUGAAGGAGGGCGAGAGCCAGCGACGGCCGCCUCUCUUCUUGUCCCGGCCAGACAGGGACAACCUGCCUUUGCUGUGUACGCGGCCUCCUUUAUCAGAGUAUAACCCUGAUAACUAUUCCCGCCUGGUUUCUGCCACCAGGAAGAUGUUAACAAAAGAUAGUUUAUCUUACAGGAUCGCUGAACCAGCUCACCCCCCACUGCUGUCAGACAGUGACACACAGAAGCUGGACAAUGAGACUCAGAGAGAAGUUAUAUCAUAACUUUCCUACCUGCCUCUCCUACAGACUUGGGAUUAUCCCUCCUCUUUCUAAAAAUACCUCCAACAGUGUGUGAUAAGCCUUCAUUUAAAAAAAACGUCACCAGCUGUUACUAACUCAGCUGAAAACUGACUUCAGCUUGGAUGUGGUGCACUUUAGAGCGGUGGCUCCAACUAUUUUGAAAAGGCCUGUCCUUGUCUGUUUUUAUGUGGCACAUUCCCUAAAAUGAUCUUGCUCUUCAAAGCAGUUGAGGUCUUGCUACUCCUUUGAGGACGCAUUCACACCUACAUGGCACACACAAGAUUUAAAAGAUGAAAUGUGUCAUGUGGCUACUGUCAGUCAUGUGGACAGCAACAUUUUGUGUGCUUACUGAUGACGCGUGCACUUUUCAAUAAAUUUGGCUCAGUGUCAAGAGCAAACUAAGGACCGCCAAGGUGCAUGAGACUGGUUCAGACUGUUCCCAUAACACACGCUAGAGGGCGCCACAUAAAGCUCUGAUCACUGACCUGAUGAGUCAAAACAUGUUUUUUCUAAUCGUUAACAUUUCUUUGUGCCACUAACGAGCCUUGUUAAUGCAAACCUUUUGAUAAAUGCUGGGAAAAUAAGAGCAGAAGCUGAAUAGAUUAAGAAUUUUGUCUGUAGUGGUUUAGUUUGUUCCUUCAUGAGACAUGGUUACAAGGUUACAGUUAAAAAAUAUUUAAAUGUCCUUUUCAAACCUCCUCAGACCUUGAAAGCAGAUAUUUUAACAACUGCAUGGAUGUUAGACAAAGAAGCAAGUUAUACAACUCAAAAUGUUAGAACCAAAAAAGACCAACUGUAACUGAAGGCCAUUAGAUAUUCCCACAUUUAGACAUCUAACAUAGCUUCGUUUAAUGUUUGUUACUGAGCAGUGAGGAUGUUUAAGCUUCUACAUUUUCCUGUGAUCUUACUGGAGCGUUUGCCUCACUGUGUGAAAUUAUGAGGAUAAUAUUAUUUCAGGUUGCUGGAUUAAAAAACUGCUUAUAAAGUCAGAAUUUAUAAAUUCACUUUCAUAAAAUGACCAAAGGUGCUUUUGUAUUAAAGGUUCUGUGGUUGAAAAGACA